CACAGUCCGGUGACCCAACACAACUCGGCGGUCAUGGCCAGUAGUCUGACCCACCACGGCUCCCCGAACCUCGGCUACACGCCCAACAACGUGGUCCCGGUGCCCAUCAUCACGCAGACGGACUCAAGGGACAAAUGGAGCAAAAAGAUGGACUUUCUCCUGUCUGUUGUGGGCUUCGCUGUGGACCUUGGAAAUGUUUGGAGAUUUCCGUACAUAUGUUACCAAAAUGGUGGCGGAGCUUUCCUCAUUCCAUAUAUCCUGAUGGCCAUCUUUGGAGGAGUGCCGCUCUUUUACAUGGAGCUAGCACUGGGACAGUUUCACAGAACUGGCGCCAUAUCCAUAUGGAAACACAUCUGUCCCAUUUUCAAAGGAAUAGGUUAUGCCAUUUGCGUCAUCGCCUUGUACGUGUCCUUCUAUUACAACACUAUCAUCGCCUGGGCCCUCUUCUACUUCUACUCCUCCUUCUCCACCAUCUUGCCAUGGACAAACUGCGACAACGCGUGGAACACUGCCAACUGCACCAACUACUUUGGCAUUGACAACGUCACAUGGACAGAUUCCUCCAGAUCUCCGGCAGAGGAAUUUUACACGAGGAACGUCCUCGAGAUCCAUAAGUCGUCAGGCCUGACAAACGUGGGAGGUGUUCGCUGGCAGCUGAUGCUCUGCCUUUUUCUAAUUUUUACCAUUGUUUACUUCAGCCUCUGGAAGGGGGUGAAGACUUCUGGGAAGGUUGUAUGGGUAACCGCCACUCUGCCCUACAUCGUUCUUUUCAUCCUGUUGAUUCGUGGUGCCACUCUGCCAGGAGCUUGGAGAGGAGUGGAGUUUUACCUCAAACCCCAAUGGGACAAACUACUGGAGACCAGUGUGUGGGUGGAUGCUGCUUCUCAGAUCUUCUUCUCCCUUGGUCCCGGCUUCGGAGUACUCCUGGCACUCUCCAGCUAUAACCCUUUUACUAACAACUGCUAUCGCGACGCCAUUGUGACCAGUUUGGUGAACUGUCUGACCAGCUUCGUGUCAGGGUUUGUGAUCUUUACAGUGCUGGGCUACAUGGCAGAGAUGAGGCAAGUGAAGGUGGAGGAUGUGGCCCGAGAUAAAGGACCCAGUUUACUCUUCAUCACCUACCCCGAGGCCAUCGCCAACAUGAUGGGUUCCACCUUCUUUGCGAUCAUUUUUUUCGUAAUGAUGAUCACUCUGGGACUGGACAGCACGUUCGGUGGGCUGGAGGCGAUCAUCACGGCGGUGUUAGAUGAAUAUCCUGAUCAUUUCUCUCAAAGACGUGAACUUUUUGUCCUUUGCUUGGUGGUGGUCUGCUUUCUGGGUUCUUUGAGUACUCUCACUAAUGGUGGUGCAUACGUGGUGAAGCUGCUGGAGGAGUUCGGAGUCGGAAGCUCCAUCAUUGCCGUGGGAUUCCUUGAGGUUAUUGCAGUUUCCUGGUUCUAUGGUAUCAACAGGUUCAGCAAUGACGUUCAGGCCAUGCUGGGCAAAGCCCCAGGACUCUUUUGGAAGGUGUGCUGGGUUGUGAUCAGUCCAGCCUUUCUCGCGUACAUCAUAGUGAGCUCGCUCGUCAAAGCACCUCAUCUCACCUUGUUCGACUACAAGUACCCGGACUGGAGCAUCACAGUCGGAUACCUCAUUGGCUUGUCAUCCUUCAUGUGGAUCCCCAUCUACAUGGUUUAUAAGCUGGUGUGGACGCCAGGUUCUCUGAAGCAGAGGCUGGCAGUGUGUCUGCGGCCAGAGAGAACCAUACCAGACAUCCAUGCCAACAGCCUCAACAUGGCCACCGUUCCGUAACUAACAGCAGACAGUAAAAACACACUUGUCUCUCCUUUCUUUCUUUCUUUCGAGU